GGGCGGACCGCCUGCAGAUCAGAGAUGACAUGGGCAACAACUUCCAGAGAGUUGGGGUGGUUGACAACACCCCCAAGGUGAAUGAGACCCUCAAUGUCACCUACACGCACAUCCAGGUGACCACUUUCUCAGUUCUCACGGAGCAGUCCGAACCGCCGGUCGUCGAGAUUUCGGAUUCCAUUUCAUCGGUCUCCAACCUGGCUUUCGACGACAGGGAUCUGGAUGCUGGGGAUUUGGGUGGCACAAUUUCCUGGGAUAUCCCUGCGGACACCAGCCAGGUCUAUCGGUUCUAUGCCUACGUGGCUGGCACCUCUGACAGCACUGGAACGGCCUUGUCUGUCACAGGGAGGAACGGCACUGCGGCCGUGCCGCCGGGUCUUGAGUGCCACGGCAUUACCAGAAGUGGGAGUGGGAUGGAGUGUACGUUGGAGCGAUGUCAUGCGAAUCACGAGCAGAGGAAUCGCCAGUAUGUGGAGAGCUUUUCGCCGCAGUUCAACACCCACAUUAUGCCAGCGGAGACCAGUAUCGACGGAACCGUUCUUGGAGCAGACAACGCCUACUUCGUGACCCGGUUGGAGAUUGAUGACACCUCAGCGAGUGUUUCUGCUGCUGCCUGCCCUGAUCUUGACUUGGAUGCUGGGGAGAUCGGGGGCAUCGUCACGUGGACCGCACCUGUCACCGCCGAGAAGGACCUGGAUGCAGGAGAACUCGGUGGACGCGUUCGCUGGAAGCCGGCUGCAGAUGUCUUGGAAGUCACGCGUUACGCGGUCUUCCUGGCCGAGGAUGCAGAAGGCACCAACAGGUCCUUCCUUGGCUACUCUGAUGGCCAUGCUUCCACAACCUUCGACAUCCCUGCCGAGACGCCGGCGCUCAUGCAGCUUCGAUUGAAAUCCAAUGGUCGAAACAUAAGCUCUUCGUCCUACGCCCCUGCAGCCCAAACUCACCCGCACUGUUUAUCGUACGAACACGUGUGUCCACUACGUGGGAUUGACUCUAAUCGAGGCCCGAUUCAGUUAAUCCAAACGUGUGCACGUAGCAGGUGCCAUUGA